AUGAAAAGGGAGAUGCAGUGGGACGACAAGUUUACCAGCCUCACGGUUGGGACCGACGUGGUAGUCACCGUUCGCAUUUCCAACCAGAAGUUGGUGUGUGAUUGGUCCCCGGAAUGGGCACAAUGGGAUGAUCUGCAAAGCAGCGUUGAGUUGAAGCAAUUGAUCCAACGUGCCAAUGACAAGUUGCAACACAACAGUGUUUCCAAAGGGUCCGGCAAGAGCAAGCAAAGGCGUUUCACCAAUGUCGCACACUGCAGGUUCAUUUCCGUUUACAUGCCACAUGCAGGAUAUCCACAUGGUGAGUUGAGCAUGGUAUAUGAUCAACUUGAUUGGAUUUUGGCCGAUGCGCAAAACAUGAAUUAUGCCUCCGUGCUUGGUGGCGAUUUCAACACACAGUGGAAUGUGGGAGUUCGUGGCGACAUGAUUCGGGAGUUCUCCUAUAUGUUUGGUCUUUCCUUGGCCAAUCCGGCGCAUAUGCCAGAGAGCUGGACAUUUCGCAGUUCCGCGGGCAUCAAGCGCCAGAUCGAUUUCAUCCUUUUCA